ACUCCGUCAGGAAUCUAAACCCGUGACUAUCAUAGGACUCAAGAUCAAGAAAAAAUUUUUUUUUGUAAGAUUAAGAGUUAGAGAAGCAAUCUUCCCACACACAGUCACUACCAGUCAGCAAGUGCAGGGCGAUCUCAUCGAGAAAGGUGUGUUGUGCUCUGACCCGUAAGAUGCCACGAGAAGAGAGUCACUUGGACUAUGGUUUUCCCAGGAAGGGGCGCGACCACACUUACAUCACAAUUGAAGCGGCUGCAGGGAUUGGCAUCCUGACAGUCAUCCUGGGAAUUUUACUGCUCCUUGGCUGCUGGUAUUGUAGAAGACGAAGUGGAUACAGAACCUUGACGGACAAAAGCCUUCAUGCUCGUGCCCAAAGUAUCUUACAGGGAAGAUGCUCACAUGGACAGCUUGGUCAUCAGGACACCAAACUGUCUUCUGAAGAGAAAAAUUGUGAACCUCUGGUUCCCAAUGCUCCACCUGCUUAUGAGAAACUCUCUGGAGAACACUCACCACCACCCUAUUCACCAUGAGAGCCAAUGAGCUGCCUGAGAAAUGCUGAAAUAAUUUCCCUCACGCUUUAGUUUUGAGUCUAGGCAUCAAAUAUUCUGCUUCAGGAUGCUGUAACAACAAUGUGUAUCUCUAACAAGCCAGUGUAAACUUCUUUUUCUGUCUUUUUGAGACAGGGUUUUACUAUGCAGUUUUGGCUGGCCUUGAACUCACUUUGUAGCACAGGCUGGCUUUGAACUCAGAGUGAUCCUCCUGCCUCAGCCUCUUGAGUGCAUGCGCCACUACGACCUGGCCUAAGUCAGUGUUAAAUUCUAAACAGAGCAACUAGCAGUAUUAAGCAAGUUAGGAAAUAAUCAGAAAUAUUAACAUGAAACAUCUUCAUCAAUAAACUUUGUAAUAGCCAGUAGUAAUAUUAUUGAGCCUCUUAUUCAUUGAGGGAUGCAGAGAACUCAGAUGGGUGUUCUGGAACUAUCUUUUAAAUUGAGAUUUUGUUGAUUUACAAACUAUUCAGAUUUUUUAAAAGAAAUGAUGUCUUGACAAACAUGAACUGCACACAGAAUUGUGGCAGGUGCAAUGAAUUUCUCAAAAAGGACACUGUUACACAUUUAUGAGAGCUAAUGGACUCAUUUAUCUCGUUCGAACUACAUCAGCCAUGUUACUUUUGAGUUCUAGAUUCUAUGACUCUGUAAUAUCCUGUAAAGAUUCUAUAUCUUAAUACAUAUAAUGCAGUCCUAAUUACAUUUUACUUCAAGACUCAAUAUUAUCAAGAAUUUUGUGUUAACAGAAAUUGGUAUGAUUUAAGUAAGUAAAUGAGAAUAUACCUUUGUCUGUGUAUGCAUAUUGUCUUAAACUUCCCCUGACAAUUUAGUUCUUGUUGGUUUCCAAACGCUUCUUACAAGAACUUACACAGAGGAAAAAAAAAAAACAAAACAAAACCAUUAAUGAUCAGAAAUUCUAAUGUUGUACUAUUAUUUUCAAUAAAUUUGUUUUGGCUAUAUUUUCUCUACUUAUCACUUACACAAUUUAACUUUUUUUCAGUCAGCUCAAAAAUAUGUUUUGGUGGUACUUAGCAUUGAACUCAGAGCCUUCACACUGAGCUAUAUUCUCAGCUUUUUUUUUUUUUUUUUUUUUUUUUGAGACUGGGUUUCACUAAGUUGUUAAGUUGUCCAGACUGGACUCAGGCCUGCAAUCAUCCUGCCUGUCUCCCAGAGUGCUAGGAUUUCACGUGCGCACUACUAUGCCUGACUCUUAAAUUUGUAUCACCACUGUAAAUGCAAAAUCAGCAUCAUUUUUCAUAGUACAGGUAACUUAAAAAGUGAAGAUAAUGAAAGUAGAUUAUUUUUAUUAAAAUCUACAAAGUGGAGACAAAGGAAAAAAUUUGAAAUUUGAAUAAAGCUAUUAAUUUAAACGUAGUAAAAAAAACACUCAUAUUUUAAAAAAGUAAACUAGAGCUUAACAAUAUAAGAACCUUCCUAGAUUUUUCAAUCACUUAUUCUACAAAUACAUAUUGAAUACUGUGUAUCAUUUACUAGGGUGAUAAUGACUGACAAGGUCCCAGUUUUUAAAAAGGAUGACUAGCACUAAAUAACUGUAAAUUCUAUUAUAAUUGUGAAGCAGUGAUAUAUCCUCCUCCUUCUGAGUGGCUACAAUAUCAUGAUGCUGGCUGAAAUAUGGCAAUAAGAGGGAGCAAUAUAAAAUAUAUGGAGAACUUGUAAUGAAACAUUAAGUCAAAGAGGACAUCUGAAAAGUCCAUGAUGUGUCUCAAACUUUCUAGGAAAAAAAGAAAACUAGAGUGCAGUGAACAUGAAGAGGAAUAGAUUAAAAUGGAGUAGAGGCAGGCAGAAACAGCCUAAAGAGCCUUUUAAGUCAUAAGUAGGGGUCUUCACUCUAUAAGGGUUCAGUAGGUUGUGAAGAACUCUGAAGGUUUAUUAGGAUUUUGGAUUUAGUAGUUUUAAGAGAUUUAGUGGUUAACUGACCACUAAUCCCCUUUGCUGGGAUUAAAGUUAGGUCACAGGUAAUUCAGUAAAUUAAUUUCUAAAGUGGCUUAUAGAAUUCUUUGACUUUCAGGUAAUAUUUUAAAUCCAAGUGUGUAAAUACACUCAGUUACUGAAUACUUCCCCUUGUACAAUGCACUGUACUGUAAAAAUCACCCAUGCUCCCAGAAAUCCAGGUUUCUUAACCAACUGACAAGGAAAGGUGAGUAACUGAAUAGAACGUAGACAUGAUUGGCAAAGAUACUUAAGAGCAUAAUAUUUUGAUGUUGGUUUUUGAGGCAAAGUCUUGCUAUGUAGCACAGGCUGGUCUUGAACACAUGAUACUCCUAUCUUAACUUCCUAAGUACUGAGAACACAGACAUGCACCACGUUGGGUAUAAUUAUGUAUUUCUUUUGGGAGAGCUUUCAGCAACUUUUUAAGAAUUAGCUCAUGCCCUCUACACUUAUGCAGCAUCAUUUUGAUGUAAUGUCAGAGAUCUUUAGGUCUCUACUCUAGUAUUUUCAACUUUAGACUAGCUCAGUGUGAUGGAGCUUAAUUGUGAUCAUGAAUGGAAUAUGUACAUUACAAAGCAUCUUAAAUAAGGAACAUCCAAUAAAUAUAGAAGCUACCUUUUAUUUAAAAUGAGGCAUAUUCUGAAAUACUACAAUCAAACCCUGAGAAUCAGCUGAGCCAUAAAAUUUUUAAGUAAUUGCUCUGUAAUGGGAAUUAAAAAAAAUAAAGUGAGCAAGCACUGGUAUUCACAUUCACUUUUUAUUCUAAACUAAAUCUUAUUUAUAAAUAUUAUUUGGAAAAUCAGUCACUGUGAACCAAUACCUCAAUUUAAAAAUGAACAUAUCUGGGGAAAGCAAAAUGAAAGGUAUAUGAAACCCCUCUAUACUAUUUCUGUAACUUCCUGUAAGUUGAAAUUUUUUUUUCCAGUAUUGGGAAUUGCAUCCAUGGCCUUUGCAUUGAGCUACAUCUCCAGUCCUUAUUUUCAGACAGGGUCUUGCUAAAUUGCACAGGAUGGGCUUGAACCUGUGAUCCUCUUGUCUCAACUUACCAGUGUGCUGGGAUCACAGGCAUGUGCCAUCACACCCACCUUGAAAUUACUCAACAUUUUGGACUGUGAAUGUUGCUCAGUGGUAGAGUGAUUUGGUUAGCAUGUACAAAGCCCUGGGUUUGAUCCUCAACACCACCAAAACAAAAAGUUUAAGAAAAUGCAUUUAUGAUAUAUGAGACCAAAUAUACUAGUGUGAAAAAUGUAUUUUGAUCAAUGUAAAAUUUGGUAGUGAAUUUUUUUUUUGUCCUUUUCUUUUUUAUUGGUACCAGGGAUUGAACUCACGACUGCCUGCUUGCAAGGCAGGCCCUUAUGCCGCUGAGCUAAAUCCCCAGCCCCUUGGUAGUGAAUUUUAAAAAAAUACCUGAAAAUAAGAAAUCUAGAAUGAUUUCUUAAAAUCAGAAGUAGAGUAGAAGCAUGAAACAAAAUUUAAAGGAUCAGUUUCAUAUACUGGCUUUACUACCCAUUAGCUGGGUAAGCUGGAUGUAUUUCUUAACCCGCCAAAAGUGAUGUGAAAAUCAAGAUACAUAAAAGUAAUUUUUGUAAACUAUGAAACCUUGAUGAAUGUUAUUAAUAAAAAUCUUCCAAUCUUAA